CACCCGACCAGGACAUCGCGCGAACGGAGCAGCGGUUAGAGUUAGAGUGCUUCUUUUUUGCGGGCGGCCCAAAUGGUGAACGUGUGCCGUAUUGUGCCGUGUAGUGUGCAAAUCGCUAGCAAUAGUUGUAAAAAUUGCAGUUUUUGGCAGAAUAACGUAGUACAGCGAGUGUGUUGUGUGGGUCUAGUGUGAAUCUAAUAGAAGCAUUCUUAACAAGAGAAGAUCCCCGCAAUCUUCUGAAGUGAGCAUUUGUUUCGUGCUCGUUUGCUGUGCCGUUCUGUAACGCGAGUGGUGGCGUGGUGGUGGUGAAUAUCUUCUGCCCUCUGCCCCAUACCGUGCCGUGCAAUGGUGACCGUUCCAAUCCGGAUCGGUCGGUUACGUGAACGUCGUAUCUCGGUGCUGGCGCGUUGGAGUGGUGUACUGCUGCUGCUGCACCUGGCGACGGGCGACGAGGAUGCAGCGCGACUGUCGCCAUUUCCGGGCAGGCACAUCGGCGUGCCAGAUCAUGGUGGGCCAGCUUAUGCAACGUAUCACACGCAAUCGGCUCCCUCGGAGGAGGUGGAAUUGACCGGAACUCAUCGCCAUGGUAGUGCUGCGGCUACCCUGGACCAGCGGCUCGAUCCCAACCAGGCCGAUCUGGUGCUGCCGAACUACGAAACGUCCUCGGUGCGUUCGGCCGCCGGUCUGCCGCCAGUGUACAAGUACACGGACAACGUGUUCCGGGUGCCGAAACGGAAGGCGAAAACUUCGCACCCGGAACCGAUGCCCAGAAAGUCUCACUCGAACCGGUCCGUCGGAACCGGUCGGGCGCCGCAGCACCAGGCCGCCGAUGCAGCGUGGUCGUCAUCCUCCACGGCAGCAGCGGUGGCGUAUGCGCCCGGCAGUGCAGCGGCACUGGUCGGGAAUCACCGUCCGGCGGAGCGGUGGUUGAGCGAGGAAAGCACCCUGUUCCAGCUGUUCACCGGUCUGUUCGAUCAUAGCAAUUGGAACAUCCUCGAGCUGAAGGCACGCGUCAGCGAACAGUGUGCGGCCCACGUGGGCCUGUACUUGCGCGAUCUACGCCGCCAGCGAGGCUGGGCGUUGAAGGCGAGCGAUUCCAGCGGCCGGUACGGUGGGCAGUACUUCUUCGGCAACGAGUUCUGGAUGGGUUCGCUCACGUUCUGCGACGAGGUGAACCGUGUGCUGCGGCUCACCCCGAUGCCACCGGGCGCCCGCCAGCUGGAGAUGCGGUUUUUCGUCGCCAAAAUUUCGGUCCAGCUCGAACGAUUGCUCUCCGCACAGUCCAGCUCGAUCCUGCUGGGCCAGUGUCUGCCCAAGUCCUGCACGAUAGACGACAUCUCGGAGCUGCUACGCAGCGAUCCAAUACUGAGCCUGCUGAACAACAGCACCCUGAACGUGGUGGCUACCGGCGGGACUGCUGUGAGCGCGCUCACCAUCGCCCACGUGCGUCCCGUCCCUGGCAGCUACAAUCUGUGGAGCGAUCCGAAAGUGUUUGCACUGUUCACGGUCCUAACGGUGAUGGGCGCGGUCAUAGUGUACGCGUCCUGCGGUACCGGUGUGGAUGGAAAGCCGAAGGCAGCACGGUACUCGAAGAAGGCGCACGGUCCGCCGCUUGGUGCCGAGGGGAACCACCACAUCAAGCGCGAGUGCGGUGACGGCGGUGGCCGCAUGGGAGAUGCGCUCGAGAUGCACAAAAUCAACGUGGAAAGCAACAACAAUGUGGCGGGCGGUAAUGGGCAGCAGGCACCGGCUGCUGCGGACGGCGCGCUGUACAAGGAUCGCAAGGGAACACGAUUCUCACUGCACGACAUCCUGGCCUGCUUCAAUGUGGGACCGAAUGCAGCCUCCAUCCUGUCGGUGGAACGUGCCAACGAGGAUUCGCUGACGUGUGUGCAUGGUUUGCGGCUCUACUCGCUGCUGUGGACCGUGCUCGUCCACACCUAUCUGCAGCUGUUUGCCGUGUCGGAAAAUCGAUUCGGGCGCAAGAUUGCAGAACGUUCCUUCCUGUAUCAGCUCGUCGGCAAUGCAUCCUUCUCGGUCGACACGUUCUUCUUCAUUAGCGGCCUGUUGAUCGUGUACCUGUAUCUCAAAUCGGUGUCGAAAUCGGGCCAACCGACCACGGGCAAGCAGGCGGAGGAGCGGGCCAGCCCAGCUGCUGCGGCCGGUACCGGGCCCCGUGAACCAUCGACGGGCGGUGCACACCGAGAUGCAACCCUUGGGGUAGCGACGCGUAAAGUUAGCCUUUCGAUCUUAUACCGUUACCUGCGGCUAACUCCCGUCUACUGGUUUACGAUUGUGACGAACGAAAUCAUCCUAAAAUGGACGUACGAUCGAUCCGUAUUCACGCCCGGCAUCAUCGAUCACAUUACCUGCGAUCGGUUCUGGUGGCGCAACAUUCUCUACGUCAACAACUGGUUCCCGUUCACUGAGAUGUGCAUGAUCUGGUCCUGGUACCUGGCGAACGAUAUGCAGUUCUACGUCAUCGCGAUCGUGCUGCUGAUGAUUUCCUCCAGAAAUUUCCGCCUCGCCGCCGGUCUGCUGUUCCUGUGCCUGGGCGGUUCGUGGCUGCUGUCGAUCUACUUUUCGCUGCACUAUCGCUACACGUACAAGGUGGCGGAUCCGUUCGAAUCGUUCGACAUUCUGUACGACAAACCGUGGCAGCGUAUCGGACCGUACAUCGUCGGCAUGAUAACGGGCUACAUUUUACACCGGCGUCCAAAUGCACCGAGGAUCGUGCCACCGUUGCGGCUGCUGCUGUGGACCAUUUCCACCGGGACGCUGAUUGCGCUGAUCUUUGGCGUGUGGAACGGUGAGCUAAGCGUACACUGGACGGCUUGGUAUGUCAGCGUUGGACACACGGCCUGGGGUUUGGCGCUGAUGUGGAUCACGCUGUCCUGCUGCUGGGGCUACUCGCCCUUUGUGAACGGGCUCCUCUCGUACCGGGGGUUCUUCCCGCUGAGCCGGCUCGCCUACUGCACCUACCUGAUCCAUCCGGUCGUCAUGAUGGCUACCUCGUUCCAGCUCGAGGCACCGAUGCACCUGCAGCACGUCAUCAUCAUCACGGCCUUCUUCGGUAAUGCGGUCAUCUCGUUUCUGAUCGCGUUCGGAAUGUCACUAAUGUUCGAAGCGCCAGUCAUUAAGCUGUUAAAGCUGUUCUUCCAGAAAGCACAGUGAAACAGUCUUUCUCAAAUGAAAGACACACAGACACCGACAGACAGACAAAUCGACAGACCGAAAAUACAAUCGCACGCGUACGCGUGACGCGCGUGUCCACUCAAACGAACUGACCCUAUUUAGCUGGAGUACAGUUUUCACGGUCAUCUUAAGAAGCGGCCGCGUGUGCCCAAAUCGCGACCCGGGGAAGGUGGAAAACAUAAAAACCAAUCGCAGUCGACCAUGGAGAAAGUGAGUCGCACGAGAGCGCGUUUUGGUGGGAGCCGGGAAAAGAGUGUGAGAGAGAGAGAGAGACAGCCGUGGUGUGAUGGUGCGUGGUUGGAAAAAUGGCUAUCGUGCAAUCGAGAGAGGAAACACUUCUGCGGCAUGUGAUCGGUAUUUCAAGCUCGCCAUCAUCAUCAUCAGCAUACACAUCAUCAUCACCAUCAUCAUCAGCGACCUAGCAGCAUCAUCUUCAGCGUUGAGUGUAUUUUACGGAGGCGCGUGUCAAAGACUGAUCGGGAAAAUUUGUGUGUUUCUUUUGCUUUGUACAUUGUUUCGCUUGCUCCAAUCCUGCCCCGCGCCAGUCUCGACCUUCUUUACCCUCCCCGUCCAUCUUGUUUAUGUGUUUGUUGCCAUCUUUAAUUUGGCUGUUUAUUUAUGGCGCUUUCCGUGCUCUGUGUUCCCUGUUUUUUCCCGAACAAACUUUUAAUCGUAUCAAUCCAUACUUCUGCUCACCGAAACAAUGGCAUCGGAAAACAAAUAGCUGUUGACACGCGGAAGUGGGCCGUAAAGGGGGGAAAAAUAACAUGCGUAACGUGCAAAUUGUGUUCCGAUUGGGUUCGGGAAUUGGAGACGUGAAUUUUGCGCUGUUAUUGUUGUUGUGUGUUGCGCCAAACCAUGCGCCAUUGGUAAUUGACUUUGUAAAUGUGUGACUACCACAGCGUGUUUUGGUGUGUUCCAGGGCAAGUGAAGACCAUCACGGUGCGUACAAUACCAACUAACACGUUACGUUUAGGUUAGAAUGUUUCAUUGGAUAGUUUUUAUGUGUGAUGUAAGCUGUAGAUUAACGGUAACAAUCAACAAUAAACAACCUUUUCAACAAAACAUUUUUG